AUGCUGCACUUUUUCUCCGCCAAAUUGCCUUCAGAUGUCAGGAAAGCAUCUGAUGUUUCUCAUGAGAUUAUUUCUGCUACAAAGCUGCUGCAGAUGAAAAUGUGUUCUGGCAGUGUAACACCAAACACAUUUAUAUCGUUCUUGGAGCACCAGGGAAUUCGGAUGAAGGACGCUACGUAUUGCCAUCAAGUGAAGGUAUGCUGCAGCAGUAGCAACAAGUACAGGACUAUUGACGGUACAUGCAAUAAUAAGGACCAUCCUGAAUGGGGCAGGAGAGGAGCACCAUUCACCAGGAUCGCAACACCGCGGUAUGCUGAUGGAAUAUACGCGAUGCCAGUGGCAAAGAGUGGCCAUCAACUCCCUAAUCCUCGCGUCCUUUCCACGAGACUGUUCCAAGACCAGCCCAUCGGGAGCCGUGUGCUCAACAAUAUGAACAUGCAAUGGGGGCAGUUCGUUACACAUGACUUGGUGUUCCAAGUUAUGGAAGUCACUGAUAAAGGUGGCAUCCAAUGUUGCUUAGGCGAAGGCAAAGGUAUACUUCCUUCCGAAUGGCUGAAUGAUAAAUGUAUUCCUAUAUCGGUACCUGAUGAUGACCAGUUUUAUAGAUGCCAUGGUAUUAAAUGUUUAAACUUCGUUCGAAGCGUCACCACUCCCAGAGACGACUGUAGUUUGGGACAUGCUGAACAGAUGAACACAGUGACCAGUUAUUUAGACGGGUCGCCAAUCUACGGUUGCGAUAAGAAGCUCGCGUCAAAGCUACGGAGCUGGAUAGGUGGACGACUGCGCCAGGAGUCACGGAAGGACUGUCUUCGGGGUUUCCUACCCAGUGUCAGUGACAAGUUCGCAGUAUGUGACUUGAGGAACUCAUCUGAACCCUGCUAUUUGGCUGGUGACACCAGAAUUAAUCAGACACCGACCUUAGCCAUGCUUCACACUUUACUGCUAAGGGAACACAAUCGGGUAGCAGAUACCCUAAGUGACCUGAACCCUCUAUGGAGCGAUGAGAAGCUAUACCAGGAAGCAAGAAGAAUCGUCAUAGCUGAGAUACAGCAUAUCACGUACCAGGAGUGGUUGCCUGCUAACUUUGGGGAAUAUUACCUCCGCUACUAUGGGAUAUCGCCAUCAACGCUGUAUACUCGAGAUUACAGUCCCGAAGUGAACCCUGGUAUCAUCAACAGUUUCGGAGCGGCCGCCUUCAGGUUCCUGCACACCGUCAUCAGCGAUAACAUUAUGACGUGUCCUAACGGUUACAAUGCUGCUUACUUGUACAAAUUAAGCGACCAUUACUUCAACCCAAGUCUUCUGGAAUCUUCUCCAGAUUCAUUUGACGAUAUUGUACGCGGCAUCAUAGCUCAGAAUGCAGGAGAAUCAGAUCCUUACUGUUCAGGGGAGAUCACCAAUUUGCUGUUCAAGUCCCAUAAUAAAUGGGGUAUGGACCUCAUAGCCAUGGACAUACAACGGGGCAGGGACCAUGGGAUCGCGUCAUACAACGACUUUAGGGAAAUUUGCGGAUUACCCAGAGCAAGAUGCUUCCAAGAUUUAGCGAAUGAGAUGUCACAAGACCGUAUAAACGCUCUUCAGCAUCUAUACGAGUGCGUGGACGACAUAGAUCUGUUCGUGGGUGGUGCUAUGGAACAAGACGUGUAUGGUUCCAUCUUGGGACAUACCUUCCAGUGCAUAGUGGCUGAACAGUUCUACAGGACUAGAAUAUCUGACCGGUACUUCUAUGAUAACGGAGAGAUGCCGCAUUCUUUUACUAGUGACCAACUAAAAGAACUAAAGAAGGCAUCAAUGGCUCGUUUAAUCUGCGACAAUACAGACAGUGUGUACUAUGUACAGAAGAAAGCGUUUGAAGUGGAAUCUACUUACAAUCCCAAGUACAGAUGUGAUGAUUAUAAUGCGAUACCAUAUGUGGAUCUUACUGCUUGGAAACAACCCUCCAUCUUUGAUUAA